AUGUCGUUUGUGAUAAGAAGUAUGGGGGCUUUAAGCUUCGGUCCAUCUCUUCUACCCAGGGUGACACUACCGACAUUAUCGAUUCCACUUCCGUGGUUCCUUCAACCGCAGAAGCAGGCUGAAGUUUCAGAAAAGAGUAAGAAACUAAGCGAGUGGGCCAAAGCACAUGAACUAAGCAACAAUGAGAUUCCUUUUUUCCAUGAUAAUGGAAUACUUCUUGCUGCGCCAAAGAAAAAGACUUCCCACAUGAAGAGAAGGUUGAGGUUAUAUGCUCCAGGUAGUAAGCAGGUUAAAUUGAAUAACAACUUGAACAGAUGUCCUGCUUGUGGUCAUUACAAGAGAUCACACUUCUUGUGCAUGAAUUGCGUGUCACAGAUCCAGAAACAUUGGAAGGCGAGAGAUGCCAAGCUACAGCCAGAACCUUUUAGAGAGGAAUUUGGCAAUCCAUUAGACGAGGAAGUGCUCUAUCCAGGAAAGACUGAAAGACCCUACGAGAGGAAGUUAAGAAGUAAGGAGUAUCUAGUUAAGAGGCCUAAGACAUUACCUGUGGAGUGA